AGUGAGGCUUCUGGCUGUCAAACUAUCUUUGUCGCAAGCUGUAAACAGGACCGCAACUUACUCAGGAUUCGUUUUUCUACAGCCUGUGGUCGCUAUUAGUCGACAGUAACACGCCUCACUGUGAAGGGAAAAUGGAAGAAGACAUACUAACGACGCUGAAAAUACUGAUAAUAGGAGAAAGUGGUGUUGGGAAGUCCAGCCUCCUCUUGAGAUUCACAGAUGACACAUUUGACCCAGAACAAGCAGCGACAAUAGGUGUUGACUUCAAGGUGAAGACCAUUACUGUGGACGGUAACAAGGCAAAGCUGGCAAUAUGGGACACUGCAGGACAGGAGCGCUUCCGAACCCUGACGCCCAGUUACUACCGCGGUGCCCAGGGAGUCAUCCUGGUGUAUGAUGUCACACGGCGGGAAACCUUCGCCAAGCUCGACAACUGGCUCAACGAGCUCGAGACGUACUGUACAAGGAACGACCUCGUGAAAAUGCUCGUGGGAAAUAAAAUCGAUAGGGAAAACCACGAGCUAGACAGGGCAGAAGGGCUGAAGUUUGCAAGAAAACAUUCCAUGCUUUUUAUAGAGGCGAGUGCUAAGACCAGGGACGGCGUCCAGUGUGCAUUUGAGGAGCUGGUGGAGAAGAUCAUCCAGACUCCCGGUUUAUGGCAGAGUGAGAGCCACGGUCGAGGGGUCCAGCUCACCGACGAAGACGCGGGAGGCGGAUCCUGCGGCCGGCUAACUGCUCCCUGGUCUAGGACAAAGCACACAUAUCGCGGAGCGCACACACACACACACACACACACACACACACACACAGGUGCAACCAUUAAUACCACACAGUGUCACACCCCUCCCACUGUGUGCUGUCCUGAGCUGAGCUCCCUCCUCAGACAUGAAGGCAGUGGAGGUCUGACUGCCUCCUCUCCGCUCAGCUGUAAGGGUCGACCGUCCAUGCGCUCUACCUGUGUUCACACACACUACUUUUUGCACACUUUCUAGUAAUAACGCUGCGCUAAAAUGCAAACUGCAGUUCAGCCUUCCUCUUAAUGGAAUUUGAGUGAGUUUUUUUUCUCUCCUCUGUUUUAUUUUGAGUUACAGUUUUGUGCAGUUUCGAGGCCCUUGGUCAAAAUAUUAACCGUUCUCAGUUCCUACUUGGGAUUUUAGCAGUGAGCAGAAAUGAGUCCAGAAGUAUAAACCAAAGUUAGUCAGGCAUAUGGCUAAAGCUCUGAAGUAUGAUAAUGAGAAUGGAAGAAAGCAGUUUGACCAAGGGUUUCUCUCUCGUCUCCAGCAUGCUUAUUGCCCUCGGAGCACCUUGCCUUAGCGAGCACAUGUGUAUCAAUGCAGGGCCGACUUUCCUCCAGUGUUUGUCUUUCCUCCACUCCGUCCCGCGCUUGAUCCCGAUCUUGCCCCUCAGACUCUAUGAACAUUAUGCUGCUUAUGGAGAAGCUUAUCAAGCCAAGCCAUCUUGUAUCCCAUCUCAGCACUCUCGGCCGAAGGUUUGGAUCAUGUGUCUCUGUUGUCCACACAACUGCCUCAUUUUUUUCUCCAGAAUAUAAUAGAGUUACCAAGCGUCUGGAAUGACGUUUACUACUUUUAUUGACUUGGACUUCAAACCUUUGGUGUGUUUUUGAAGAGUGCAUAAAUCAAAGAGAUUGGCACCAGCAAGCUUUCCACUGGGUGCCCAAAGAAGAGGGAACCUCUUAAAAUUGCACGCCUUUGUUGUAACGAGUUGCUUUAAUGGAGUGCGACUUACUGGCACUCCCUCGCUCAGACAGAUAAUAUCAGUAAUAUCACUAGCUCUGCUACGGUCUUUCAUAUACAUCCCUCUGACUGGACAGAGACAAAGGAAAAGUGUUCAAUAUUAGACGGGGCAGUGAGUCAUAAGGGUGUUUCCACUGAAUUUGGAAAAUCAAAAGAAAAAGCUGUGUGCUCCACAUUGCUAAUGGAUUUCGCAGUACUCCUAUCUCUGUGUUUGUAUCCCAGAAGCAGUUAUAAAUGUACUGUACCCCUGACCUCUGACCAUGUUUGUAGUAUUCGAGUGCUGAUGUGUGUUCUGGGAGAUGUAGUUCUGAGAUGUUGAAACAGGGAUGGUGAAAAGGACAUGGAUUCAAGCAUGUCUUAUCACAAAUUGAAUUUUUUUAAUCUCUUUUUAAUUGCAUGGGAAACUCUGCGUGCCAUUUUAUGUUUGUUUGUCCAGUGAACGGCCUUCAGGGGCUCUUUUACUAUAAACACUUUAACUUAUAUUUAGCUGAAAAUAAAGCAUUGCAUACAGGUUUACCAUUGCAAUUAAUGGUAUAAUAAACAAAAAGGAAGUAGGCUUUUACUCAUUAAACUGGUAUAGCUGUCUUUUUGUGUUCAGAAAUAUGUUGGAACAUGUAUACCUUUGUAAAUUGUGUGCAUUUUAGGAAUUUGGUGGGAUAAUUCCUGUAUGAAUUGUAAAGCUGAAUGUAUACAUAUUUCACUACAAGCUGUCCUAUGUAAUAAACUAAAUAAAAUUCUUUUUUAAGU